AUGUACAAUGAGUUGAUUGUCGCACUAAAGCAAGCAAGAGAUGAUAAUUCGGUUGUGACAUUAAUAACAGGAGCUGGAAAAUAUUUCUGUAGUGGCAAUGAUCUCACUAACUUUAUGAACAUUCCUCCUGAAGGUCCAGAAAAACUUCCUGCUGAUAGUAAAGAAAUAUUGAGAGAAUUUGUUGCAACUUUUAUCGACUUCCCAAAACCCAUCGUGGCUGCAGUCAAUGGACCAGCAGUUGGAAUAUCUGUGACAAUACUUGGUCUAAUUGAUAUCGUAUAUGCUUCUGAUGUUGCGACAUUUCACACACCCUUUAUGACGUUCACUGAUCUGAUAAUAGACUUGAUAUAG